AUGAAGGCCAUCGUCGUUACUUCCCCGGGGCAGGCCAGCCUUGUCACUGAUCGGCCUCUCCCUAAACCAAGGGACGAGUACAUGCUAGUCAAGACGGUUAGUGUCGCCCUGAACCCGACCGACUGGGUGCACAUUAAGCACAUCGCCGACGCUGGUUCUCUCAUUGGCUGCGACUAUGCUGGAAUCGUCGAAGAGGUCGGCACUGGCAUCAAAAAGCCUUUCAAGAAGGGCGAUCGCGUUUACGGCUUUGUCCACGGCGGCAACUCGGUCCAGCAUGAGGAUGGCGCGUUUGCCGAGUACAUCAUGGUCAAGGGCGAUGUCAGCAACAUCAUCCCCGACAACCUGAGCUUCCAAGAGGCGGCCACGCUGGGGGUCGGUGUAGCAACUGUCGGCCAGAGCCUGUACCAGAGCCUGAAGUUGAACCUGCCAAGCGCACCGAUCACCAAACCCGUCCCUCUCCUCAUCUACGGCGGAUCCACGGCUACUGGCACGCUCGCCAUCCAGUUUGCCAAGCUCUCCGGGUACCAGGUCAUCGCGACGGCAUCACCCCACAACUUUGAUCUGCUGAAGUCUCUUGGAGCCGACGCUGUCUUCAACUCUCGAGACUCCGCAGCUGGUGAGGAGAUCCGCAAGUUCACCAACAACAAUCUGAAAUUGGUCCUUGACACGAUUGCCACCGAGUCCGCUGCCAAGUUCUGCGACGACGCCAUUUCCACUGAAGGCGGAGACUACUCUUCCCUUCUUGCGAUCAAGAUUGAGAGGGAGAAUGUCAAGGAUCGCUGGACCCUUGGAUACACCAUCUUUGGCGAAGACUUUGAGGCUUUCGGGCAAGGUUAA